AAACCAAAAGUAAUUAAAACCGAACCCGAUUCACCUGAUCGUUAUUCACGUGCAUCAUCAUCGACAAGUGUCAGUGUUAAACGUGAACCCGUAUCACCCGAUCGCAGUCCAUCUUCGUCAACGAUUGUACCGAAUAUACCAAUCAAAAAAGAAGAUCCCGAUGGUGAUGAAGUUCAGGUUAAAAAAGAAAGACCAUCAACAUCUCGUGGUGGUCCCGGAGGCGAUGGUCGUAGUGGCGGUCGUGAUCGUGUCAAUCGCUAUGAAGUAUCAUUGGUUUAUACUAAACCCUCGGAUGUUAUAAGUAAAACCGGUUCGUUGGGUAAAGAAAUUACCUUGCAAACAAAUUAUUUCCGUUUGCUAACAACACCCACAUGGAAGAUUCAUCAAUAUCAUGUUUCAUUCUCUCCCGAAAUUGAGUUGAGACGUCUCAAGAGUGGUAUACUAUCGGAACAUCGUGAGCUGUUGGGUGGUUAUUUAUAUGAUGGUUCGAAAUUAUUUACCACCACCAAAUUAAAGGAGGAGAAAACCAUACUCCAUACCAAGUCCAAACAAGGCGAGAACUAUGUUAUUACCAUCAAAUAUGUGGGUGUUAUUUCCAUGACCGAAUGGCAGUCUUUGCAAAUUCUCAACUUGAUUUUGCGGCGUUCAAUGGAGGGCUUAAAACUUCAGCUUGUCGGACGUAAUUUCUAUGAUCCUGUUGCUAAGAUUGAUUUACGUGAAUAUCGUAUGCAAUUGUGGCCGGGUUAUCAAACCUCGAUUCGACAACACGAAAAAGAUAUUUUGCUAUGUGCUGAAAUUGCCCACAAAGUUAUGCGUACCGAAACCGUGUACGAUAUCUUUAGACGUUGCCAGGAAAAUGCUCGAGAUUUCCGUGAAGAUUUUAAACGUCAUAUUAUCGGCUUAACUGUUCUAACAGAUUACAAUAAUAAAACCUACAGGAUCAAUGACAUCGAUUUCCACAAAACUCCCCGUGAAACAUUUAGCAUGAAAGGUGAAAAGGUUACCUUUAUGGAUUAUUAUUAUAAGAAAUACAAUAUUCGCAUUCGUGAUCCUCAACAACCAUUGCUGCUAUCAAAAGCCAAGGAACGUUCAUUGCGCGGUGGCGAAAAGGAAGUUGUCAUUUUAAUUCCGGAACUUUGUCGUGCCACAGGCCUCAAUGACAGUAUGCGUAAUAAUUUCCAACUUAUGCGCGCCAUGGCCGAUCAUACCCGCAUGAAUCCCGAUAGACGUAUUGAACGUCUGCGUACCUUCAACGAUCGCCUGCAACAAACCGAAGAUAGUAUGCGCAUUUUAACAGAUUGGAAUAUGAAAUUGGAUACCCGUUUGGUUGAGGUCAAAGGUCGCAUUUUGGAUCAACAGAAAAUUGUCUUCAGAGAUCACAGAAAAGAACCAUCUGGUGAACAAGCCGAUUGGACCCGCCAUUGUCGUAGCAUGGGCAUGUUCACAACACCUUCCCGCGGUUUAGAACGAUGGGCUGUCAUUGCUACAAAUCGUAACUCCCGAGACCUACGUAAUUUUGUUGAAUCGCUGAUACGGGCGGCCAAUGGUAUGAACAUGAGAAUCGACAGACCGAGAGAAGUUAUGAUCUAUGAUGAUCGUAAUCAUAGUUUUAUACAAGCCAUGGAAGAUUGUUGCCGGCAAGAUCCUCAGUUAAUUAUGUGUUUGGUGCCAAAUAAUAAUGCCGAAAGAUACGCCUCAAUAAAGAAAAAAGGCUGUCUAGAACGUGCUGUACCCACCCAAGUUAUUACCCAGAAAUCCGCCGGCAAUCAACGUGGUCUUAUGAGCAUUUGCACAAAGGUAGCCAUACAAAUCAAUUGUAAGCUGGGCUAUACCCCUUGGAUGAUUGAUGUACCGUUGUCGGGCCUGAUGACCAUUGGUUAUGAUGUUGCCAAGAGUGCACGUGAUAAAUCGAAGGCUUAUGGUGCUCUUGUCGCAACUAUGGAUCUGAAAAUCAAUGCCACCUUCUACAGUACAGUAACUGAGUGUAGCUCUCAUGAUGUUUUGGCUAACAGUCUGUGGCCCAUGAUGACCAAGGCAUUGCGUCAAUACCGCAAAGAACAUGAUAAAUUACCAAAUCGUAUUCUAUUCUACAGAGAUGGCGUUGGUGAGGGCUCGCUUAAACAGGUGUACGAGCAUGAGGUCAAGGAUAUUGUGGAGAAACUUGAACAAGAAUAUAAACGGGCAAAAAUGGAAAAACCACCUAUGUUUGCAUAUAUUGUUGUCACCAAAUCCAUUAAUACUCGUGUAUUUGCCCGAGGCCGUAAUCCACCACCUGGUACCGUGGUCGAUGAUGUCGUCACCCUACCCGAACGUUAUGAUUUCUAUUUAGUCUCACAAUCGGUACGUCAAGGUACUGUGGCACCCACCAGUUACAAUGUCGUAUACAGCAAUAUUCGUCUUACACCGGAUCAAAUGCAAUUGUUAACCUACAAAAUGACCCAUUUGUACUACAAUUGGUCAGGCACUACACGAGUGCCGGCUGUAUGUCAAUAUGCCAAGAAAUUGGCAUCAUUGGUGGCUUCAAGUUUGUAUCAGCCACCACAAAAUGCUCUGGAAAAGAAACUCUAUUAUUUGUAA